AAUCUCUCACGCCUUGUUGUCUUUUCGAUGUUUUCUCGUGUCUGGUUUUGGCUUUGUGGCCUUGGCAAAAAACAAUUGAAAUUCCAAAAGGGACCGGAUAGGUUAAGUCAAUUGCCUGAUGCUUUGCUCUUAGAAAUAUUGUCGUUACUACCAACGGAAGAUGUUGUGGCCACAAUGAUUCUAUCUAAACGUUGGAGAUUCCUUUGGAUGAUGGUGCCAAGACUUGUAUACGAUGAUAGCUAUAAGAAGAUAGAAAGAUUUUUGCGCUUUGUAGAUAAGUCUUUGGUUUUGCACAAGGCUCCAAUUCUCGAAACUUUGCAUUUUAAACUUGGUAAAAGAUGUCGUCAUGAAGAUAUUCCAAAGUGUAUUAGAGCUUCUGAUAAAAGCUCUGUACGUGAAGUCAUUAUCGAGAUCGAUAGUUCUUCUAGACCAUCUCCACUCAUACUUCCAAAGAGUUUGUACACGGAGUGUAGAAUGCUAGUGACAUUGAAACUUAAUAAUGUGAUUCUUGUGGAUUUUUCUUCACAUGUGUCUUUCCCUGCCCUAAAAUCAUUGGUUCUUGUAUCCGUGAAGUACCCUGGUGACGAAUUUCUGAGUAGUCUUUUAUCCAGUUGUCAUGUUCUUGAAGACUUGGUUUUGAAACAAUGUCCAGAUGACAAUGUGAUUACCUUCACCAUUAGAGUUCCUUCUCUAAAGAGUUUAGUCUUGCAUACAUCACGACAUAUAUAUGAAGAUGAUGAUGCUCAUGGAUGUGUGCUAGAUGCUCCUUCUUUGGAACGCUUGGAUAUUCGUGAUUAUGAUGGCGAAUUUUGUAUCAUUGAGAAUAAUAUGCUUAAGAUAAAAGAGGCAGAUAUUGACGUCACUUACAUUCUUCCUGGGAUGAUUCUAGGAAGAAUAACUUCAGCCAAGCGUCUCGAUUUAUGUGUAUUCUCUUCAAAGAUUGAAUAUCCUGUCUUCUACUCUCUUAUAACUUUAAACAUAUGCACAUGUCACACAGAGUGGGUGGAUCUACUAAUGUCUAUGCUAAGAGUUUCCCCUAAUUUACGAGAUCUCGAACUUAACCUGGUACAUAGAUAUAAACAUGAAUUGUUCAUUUUCCUUGACCAGUAUAUAUUUUAUCCUAAUGUUAUCUACUUAUAUCAGUGCCAUGAUCUGACUGACGGACCACUCGCGUGCUGGAGUGAACCGAGCUUAGUUCCAGAAUGUCUAUUAUCGAGUCUUGAAAAUCUUGAAUGGGAACAAUAUGAUGGAACUGAAGUUGAGAAAGAAGUAGCAGCGUUCAUCUUAAGAAACGCAAACUGUUUAAAAAAGGCAACUAUCUCCUCUAACUCCACUGACCCUAACAAGAAACUUGAGAUGAUCAAGGUGUUGUCAUUUUCACCAAGGGGUUCACGUACUUGUCAGCUUCUAUUUGAUUGA